GAAACGCGUGAUCGUUCCCAUGAUGCCUCGGUGCAGUCUCAGCUGAGCGGAGGGAUUGAGGCAGGAUCCUUGGACUCUCCCGUGUAGUGCUCUGGUCACUGUCUGAAUUGCUUUGACAGCAUUAAAUCUGAGGGAAAUGAAAUUCUCUCACGACAUGUGUGUCAAGUGGGAGUAAGGAGAAACUGAGAGGAGACAUGCUCGCAACACAGCUCGCUGAUUCUGUUCUAGAGGCCAAAAAUGUCAAACAGUGGAUCAAGGAGAAGAUAGCACAGACACUGAAGACGCUGCAGAAGCGCUACGUGACCACAGAUGCCCCAGUGACCAGUGAGGACUCUGAGGCCAACCAGCUCUGCUGUGCUCUGGAAGCCGUCUUCAUUCAUGGCCUCCGGAGUAAACACAUCCGCACAGAUGGAGCAGGAGCACGCAACCGCAAAGGAGGCUCACUUCCUCAGCCUGUCUUCUGGAACCUGCUUAAAACCAUCACUCACAGAGACGUGAUUCUGGAGCUAGAGGGCCUGAGCUUCAUCAACACAGAUGUAGGCCGGUGCAGGGCAUGGGUGCGUUUGGCACUGAACGAUGGACUAUUGGAGUGCUACCUGACUUCACUUCUCCGUGAGAGCACCAAGCUGGAGGCCCACUACCAGCCUGGUGCACUGCUCCUUGACCCUGAAGAGCGUGAGGUGCUGCUCAGCCUUCUGCAGGGCCUGGCCUCGCUUGCUUUCCAGCUCUCCUACAAAUCUGCAAUGCUCAAUGAGUGGACCACCACACCGCUGGCACUUGCCGGUCUAUGUCCACCACUGUCUACUGAUGAUUUGUGGCCUCCCUCUUCACGCCGAGAAUCCUGGGAUACUGCAUCACAGUCAUCUGGAUCAGGGGGCUCAGGGAGAGGUCAGGAAGGCAGGACGCCCUCAGACCUCAGCCUGGACACAGCAGGCUCGUGCCAUCUCUCUUCCAGCUUUGGUUCGGAGAGAGAGAGCUGGAGCUGCCAAACAGAGAACAAGAGUGCACUUGGAGAAACGAGUAGCUCCUCUAGCCAGGAUAUAAUAAAAGACCUUGAUGUGCUUAGCCCUGCUGCAGACAGCUUGAUUGAAUCCUCCACUCACAGCAGUAGUGAUGAAGACUCAUCUAACAAACAGGAUAUACACCAGAUGCUUGAACCUUCCAUGGAUUCAUCUGUCCCCAAUGCAAACUCAGUUGUUUUGGAGGCAGAGCCAUUAGUAGAGGAAUUAGAAGAGCAUGCAACUGCAUGUGUAAAUAUAAGCCCAAUAGAUGUUGAGUCUUGCAUAGUAGAAGAUCAGAAGCAGGAUGAAGACUCUACUGCCAUUUCCUUUGAUUCCUCCACCCCUAUGUUAACCUGUCAGGUGACUUCCGAUUCAUUGGCUCACAACACUCUUGCUCCAUUGAUUUCUAGUGACGUCGAGCUGGUAAAAAACUCGGAGCAUGCUUCUUUCCAUCACACUUCUAAUGCUCUGAGCAGAAAAACAUCUGCAGGCUCUGUCUGUUCUCACCAUAAGCCCGAGUCCUGGAUCUCAGAGGAGGAUAUUUAUAAGCCAGAUACUUAUGCAAGUGGUGAUUCUGAAGAUCCUGAUAUUGUAGAAUCCGCCCAGAUUAAUGGGAUGGUAUCUCCUGUUGCUGAAACUGAAUCCCACCAAUCUCCACCUAGUGUGGUUCGUCGCAGGCAGAUUGGCUUGUCAAACCCGUUUCGAGGCCUUCUAAAGCUGGGCCAGCUGGAGCGGCGUGGUCCUGUGGGACUGUGGCGCGCCUGCCACUGCGAGUUGUCACCAUUUGAGCUGCGCCUAUAUGCUGAUGAUGAUGAGCGUAACAUCUGUGAAAAUCGCUCACUGCUGCGUUGUGAGGAUGUGCACCUGGGCUCCGAUGGCCGCUUCCAUCUCGAAUUCCCUGGAAAGAGGCUCCAGUUGCGGGCACCAAGCAAGGCUGAGGCUGAGGACUGGGUGGAGCGCAUUUUAGAGGCUGUGAGCAAUGUGCGACACCAACUGCGUGACGACUGGGAUGACCUCUCGCCCUCUAUCAUGCCUGUCUCCAUACCCCCGGAGCCAUCUAAUCUGCCUGAAACAGACUGGAGCAGGCCCUGUGAACCAGAACCAGAGGCCAUAAAGGAGACAGUGGUGUUCCUGAGCCGGGAGGAGCAAGGGUGGCGUUUGAUGGUGCUUUCUCUCUCGCUGGAGGCGCUUCAAGGUUUUUCAAUGCAGAAUGGGUGUAAAACACGCAUUUUCUCUCAUGGCAUCGAUUCUGUGAGGGAUGUUGUGCCUGCCGUGGCAUUGGGUGGCCCUGCAUUCUUCAAGGUGCUGACAGCAAAGGAGACACUUACGGUGCGGGCCGAGAGUGGCGAGGAGGCGCAUGCCUGGAGGAGCAUUAUCCGAGGGGCGCUAGAUUCAUAUCUGGAAGAGGGGAACGAGACAGGAGGUGAAAUGUCAUCAGUGAGUGGAGGCAACAUCCACAGACUUGUUCAACACAGGCUGAAGGGGGAUGCAGUGCUGCUGCCUUAUCUGACAGUCGUCCCUAAAGAAAAAGGACUAAAUGCACAGAACUUCAAAUGUGCAGGCUGUCCCAGGCAGAUUGGUGUAUCUUUGGGACGAGCCAGGUUGUGUGAGUUCUCAGGUCAAUACUACUGUGAUGUCUGUCACCACGGUGACACCACCAUCAUCCCCUCUCGCGUGGUACACAACUGGGAUCUCACUGCACGUGAGGUCUCCAGGCAGGCCUUGAAGCUGCUGGCUGACAUUGAGCAGGAGCCCUUGCUGAACCUUGACCUGUUAAACCCUGACCUGUUUGAUCACUCUGAUACCAUGGCAACAGUGCAACGCUUCAGGCAGAUACUCCGCCUCCUUGGAGAUUACCUGCUCAUUUGUCGGAGUGGAAUCCGGAAGAAAGUCGAGGCCAGGUUACAGCAGAGAACCUACCUAUUGGAAUCAAGUCAUCUAUAUAGCGUGCUGGAUUUCAGGCAGAUAGCGGACAGCCAGUAUGAGUCCUUCCUGCAGUCUCUCAUCCAGUUCUCAUGCAAUCAUGUGCAUCAUUGUGACCUUUGCACUCAGCGAGGCUUCAUCUGCCAGAUCUGCAAUGUGGACGACAUCAUUUUUCCUUUUCAGUUCGACACCACCUCUAGGUGUAAGGCAUGCAAAACUGUUUUCCACUCCUCCUGUAAAGCCCAGAGUGUUACCUGUCCUCGCUGUGAACGUCUGCAGAGAUAUAAGGAGAGAGACUUUCUUGAAUAAAUCAUGUGCCCUUCUACAUUUCCCAUACCCCCAGCUCCAGUGUAAUUGACACAGUGGCACAGUAUGUUCCUCACGACCACCACUAGCUGUGACAUGAUCGCUGCAGAGCUCAACCAGUUCAAUCUAAUGUUAAUAUAUUUAUUUACACUUCCUUAAGUGCACUUAUUUAUACAUAUGUAUGUAGAUAAUGACCAUACACACCAUAUGUGUGUCUUGCCAAGCAAACAAUAUGAGAGUUUGAGGACCAGACUCUAAACUUGCACUAAAUGAGAAACGAGUAACGUCUCUGCCUAUGGUCUUCAUGGCCAUUAGAUCCGUCAGAAUGAGAUGACCUAUACUGGAUAGAUACUUUUAUUUUUUCUUUUGUCUUCAUCUCAGUAACCUAGAGACAUACACACUUCUCUGAGAAUCGUAUAUAUCUUGCAAAAAGGCACUUCAAGGGUUUUAUUAUUAGCGCUUUUUUUUUUUUUUUAUUCAUUUUUCUAAGGUAAGAGACACAGGAAGCAGUGUUUUGCCAAGGAUCAUAUGACUCCUGUUUUUAUAUGGCUACACUUCUACAUUUAUCUGUAUGAAAAGCAUGGUUUUUAUAAUAGGACCAUAUCUUAAUGAUGAUGUUCUUAAUGGAAAUGAAGGUCUGUUCUAAUAUGGAAGCAACAUUGUAGCUUUCUACUCUUAUCUACAUUAAUUUAUACUAAGAAAGAUCCUAAAACUCAUCUUUUAAUGUUUGUUCAUUUGUUUUUAUUGCUUAAUAUUAUUCAUACUGAUUGUAUGAUUCUUUUCAACUCAUUCUGCCAAACCUUAACUAUUAUAUGAAUGUUAAUACUUUGUACACUGUCACAUAACAUAAUCAUUCAUUUCACAAUUAUGUUUGUAUUGCUACUGCCAAGUAAUUAAAAGGUAAUUACUCAGUUCUAGCAGUAUGUAAUGUUUCACCCCUCAUGUAGAAUUAGGUGAUCGUGAAUCUUGAAUAGGUCUAAUCCAUGUUUAGUGCACUACAGAGGCUAUAAAAGCCAUUAGUUCCAUGUAGCCCACUGCACAGGAAGUAUGGAACUAUUCGAGAUUUAGUCUGUUUUUGCUUGUACUGCACACUUCCUGGUUUAGUUGCCAAAUUAAUUACUGUUUAUAUGAAUGUAAUUUGCACAAGCUUAUGAUCAGUUGCCUGUUUGAAGAUGAUGCUGUGUUUUCCUGUUGGUUUAUGGUCACGUGUUUGCCGUUGCAUCACACUCAUGCGUGGACUUAUUGAGUCACAUAAUGUUGGAAAAGUUUUUGUCUUGAAUGUUAGUGUAAUUACCAUUGUUAUUUAGCUCACACAGAUGUCUUAACUUUACAGGAAAGUCUAACUCUGUACACUUCUAGAUUUAGAAUAACUUAUUUUAAAUUAAUUUUUAAAGUCGUUUUUCAACAUAACUGUGCCGGGUAAUUGUGGGGUGCUGCCACCUCCGAGUUCAGGGUGCAAUAUCCAGGGCAAUGCAUCUUGCACAACCUGUAGCAGAAUUGAACAGUUCUUUACAUACUUUACACAUAUAGCACUUUUCUUUUGGCUUGUGAUAUGCUUUACAAAUUCUGAUUUCUCAACUCUUCUACUGGUGCUUUUUCAUAACCAUUGCCUUAUCUCAUCAUGAUUAAAUAAUGUAUAUAAUAGUGAACAGAGUGAAUUUUGUUACUACUGUUUUUAUUUUUUCCUUCUGUUUAACCUUAAAUGCUUGGCUUCGAUUCUGCCUUAUUUGCUUUGUGAUUUGUUUAUUUGGUUGCUGACAUUGCAUGACAUUGUUAUCUAUAAAAAUGGACAAAAGGUAUAUUGCAAAGCUGAAAACAUUAGAGGCAGCCAUUUUGAACCUGUAACCUCUUUCUUCCUCCGCACCUAGUUUAAUAUCACUCAUGUAGACGGUUUGGCUUUAAGAUUUACAGUUUUUUGAGACAGAAAUGGAUGUUAGAAGGGAUUUUGAUAAUACUACAGGGUGUCCCGUAAGUCCAGCGUCAUAGGGUUAAUGUAUAUUUUCAUACUUUUACAGACCAGGAAGAAUCCAAAAAGAAAUAAUUUUACACAUAGGAGAUCCAAGACAAAGAGAAGCCGCUGUUGAAUGUAACAGACUGCAUACAGACCACGAGCACUGUGUUAGUUAGUAGACUCAUUGCAAAGUUUGAAGAAACGGGAUCCAUACAAGAUAAACCAUGUAGUGGACCUUCAGGGAGAUAAACUGAUGAUGAUUUUUAUCUCUGGGGCCAUUUGAAAGUGCCAAGAAUACACAGAGAAAAUUAGGACUGUCGAACGUUUGUGACAGCGCAUUAUUCAUGCUUGUUACACCAUUACUCCUGACAUCAUUAACCAUGUGUUUUUUAUUAUUAUGUCUAAAUUUGUGUACUGAGACAUAUUGUGCAAGUUCUCUAAAUAAAAGAUUUUGUUUUGCCAUUUUAAUUCUUCUCCUGUGAUGCUGGGCUUGUGGGACACCCUGUAUAGUUUUAAUUUAUUUUGUAUUAUUAUUGUUGUUAUUUUAUUUUUUAUGUAUUCUGAUAUUUUAUGAAACUGUAUAGGUAGUAAAGAUAAUUAAGGAAUAAAACAUGAUCGGGUGUGUGGUUUCAGAAAAUGGAUCAAAGGAAAAUACACAGAAUGGUAUGAAGAA